UUUUUUUUUUUUAACAUUGUGAUUUUUUUUCGUGUUUUUUCUUGGAUAUAUAUAUAUUUUCCCCUCGUUCAUUAUCGUACUUCAUACUUCAUCAUGACUGAACAGACACCUAAAGUACUCAAGCUUAAGACUUUGUCCCCACCUUCGUUUCAACUGAUGCCUUUCUGGCCCGACAACAUCGAAGCCUGGUUUUGCUACGCAGAAGCCGACUUCUCCGAGCACGGCGUGAUCGACACACGUGCACAAUUCCUCGCAGUAGUCAAGGCACUACCGCGCGAAUUCAACAGGUACGUAACACCUAGUAUGUUUACUAGUGAUGUUUCCGAUCCUUACGAAAUCUUAAAACGCUCGAUUCUUAAACGAGGAGAUCUAACCGAUCGACAAAGGUUAGAUCAACUCUUCAAUAACAUCGACCUGCAACACGGUUCUGCGACAGACAUGUUGCAACGGAUGAGAGAGGUUAUAGGCCUAAGAACUUUCGACGAAGGUCUAUUCAAACAACUCUUCUUGUCAAAACUUCCCCAACAGGUGCAAGCAGUUCUGGUCUCGUUCCAGAACAACGGCUUAGACGAGCUAGCUGCAUCUGCCGACCGCAUUUUAGAAAUUACGAAACCUUCUACUACCGAGGUAUUUUCAGUCAAAGAAAGGCCUCACACGACUCAGAAUGAUAUAACCGACUUAUGUCACACACUCACGCGUUAUCUUAGUCUUCGUACCGACCGUAAGAGAUCGCGCACACCACGUAGAAGCAUUUCUCGUAAGCGAUCUGUCUCUAGACCACGAGAGACAGAUAACCCCGACUGGUGCUGGUAUCAUAACCAGUAUGGAAAGCUUUCCAGAAAUUGCAGAAAACCCUGCAAUUUUCCCAACACGAAACCGACUGAUUCGAAAAACAAUUCGGGAAACUUCCAAGCCGGCACGCGUUAACGGCAACCGUAGCCGGCGAACAAAGCCGUCUGUUAUUCGUCACAGAUGUGACAACGAGAGUUCGCUACCUCGUCGACACUGGCGCAGAAGUUAGCGUUCUCCCAGCAA